CUUGGACUCAUCAUGAUGGCAGCCCAAGAGAGAGAAACAGAUAGUCAAAGAGAGAUCUGAAAAUGGUGAGGGCACCUUGCAUCGACAAAAAUGGCAUGAAAAAGGGCGCUUGGAGCGAAGAAGAAGAUAAUAAGCUUCGAGAUUACAUUGAACGCUAUGGCCACUGGAAUUGGCGUGAACUUCCCAAAUAUGCCGGUUUGUCAAGGUGCGGCAAGAGUUGCAGAUUGAGAUGGAUGAAUUAUCUUAGACCAAGUGUGAAACGCGGAAAUUUCAGCAAGGAAGAAGAAGAUAUCAUCAUCAAAUUUCAUCAAGAGAUUGGAAACAAAUGGUCUGCGAUUGCAGCACAAUUACCAGGAAGAAGUGACAACGAAAUCAAGAACCACUGGCACACCCAUUUGAAAAAACGAAGCACCAAACAAAAUCACCACCUUGUUCUUGUUCAUGAACUGAAACAAGAACAACAACAACAACACCAAAGUUCAAACAUUCAACAGAAUCGGAUUAUAAACUUUGCUAGUGUUGUUUCAACAUCAAGUGAUAACAGAGUAUCCAACGAAUCAACAUCAUCUCAUAGACUUUCAGAUGAUUCGAUGUCACGUCCCUCGUUACAGCAGCAGCGGUUGUUAUUUGAUUUGAAUCAAGAAUAUGUAGAGUCAUGGGAGGAGGAUUCUAAAUCUAAAUUAGAAUUUGGAUCUCGAAAUUACAAGAGUUCUACUUGGCAAUGUUUUAUUUGGUCGUUGUCGUAG